AUGAAGAACGAGCAAUUCGUCUUUCCAGAGCACCUCCGGACGGUCAUUGCAAACCUAGCCCAUCAGGAUCGCCAACUUGUCAUCGAACUCUACGACUUUCUCCUUGAUGAAGACUGCAAAUGCUGCUUGAACCUCCCUAUCUUGUUCUCCUAUCCGAAGCCAUAUGCCAUUGCCACGGGCUUACGGACAUGGGUCAAGAUCCAAAGUCUGUAUGAAUCACGGAAUCAGCAGUCGAUGGUGAAACAGGCCAUGAGUGGUGGUGAUUGA